GCCGCUCCGAAUGUUGUGAAUCAAAACGUGGGGCUGGUUCCAUCCGGCCGCCGCGGACAGUUCUUAAAGGGCCAGCCAGCCCGAGAGCACAGCUGCGUCCUGCGCCGCCCUUCUCUCGGGCCCGGGCUGGGGAGGCGGAAGACAGAGCAGGCUCGCGAAGGAGCGGGCGCUUCACCGUCCGCACCCCGCAUCGCGAACAAAGGAGCCCGCGUGUGAUCGGACGGCUGCCGGGGCGCUCUGGGAAGAUUGCAGUCCUUGCUUUAAUUUAUUGGUUGUGAGCCCCGACUCAACCCCUUCCACCUCCCUACCCUCCUGAUGAGACCAUGGGCUCUGGCAGUGACUAAGUGGCCACCCUCUGCCCCUGUGGGUCACUGGCGAGUCUCUACAAGACCUAGCAGCAGUCCCGGCCAGCUCUGGGGAAGCCUUGGCCACGAGGGGCCCCUGGCCAGCCCACCUGCCCAGGAUGCGCACUUACCCUCCCAGCAGCUGCUGCCCCGACCAUCAAACCUCUCUGUAGAGGAGCAUCGAGCCUCAGCUCCUGCCGGCAGGAGCCCCCGAAUGCUGCACUCAGCCACCCAGCAGAGCCCGUUCAUGGUUGAUCUCCACGAACAGGUGCACCAGGGACCUGUCCCUCUGUCCUACACAGUCACCACAGUGACAACCCAAGGCUUCCCUUUGCCUACAAGCCAACACAUCCCUGGCUGCAGUGCCCAGCAGCUCCCAGCAUGCUCCGUGAUGUUCAGUGGGCAGCACUACCCCCUGUGCUGCCUCCCACCUCCGCAGCUGAUCCAGGCGUGUACCAUGCAGCAGCUCCCUGUGCCCUACCACACCUACCCCCACCUCAUCUCCAGUGACCACUACAUCCUUCAUCCCCCACCGCCAGCCCCACCACCCCAGCCUACCCACAUGGCACCGCUUGGGCAGUUUGUAUCCCUGCAGACCCAGCACCCACGUAUGCCCCUGCAGCGGCUGGACAAUGAGAUGGACCUUCGAGGAGACCAGCACCCGUUGGGUAGCUUCACUUACUCCACCUCUGCCACUGGCCCAGCCUUGUCGCCCUCAGUUCCCCUUCACUACCUACCCCAUGAUCCACUGCACCAGGAGCUGUCCUUUGGUGUGCCAUAUUCCCACAUGAUGCCACGGAGACUGAGCACACAAAGAUACCGCCUGCAGCAGCCGUUGCCACCACCCCCGCCGCCGCCACCUCCACCAUCUUACUACCCCAGCUUCCUACCCUACUUCCUUUCAAUGCUGCCAAUGUCACCAACCACCGUGGGCCCCACCAUCAGCCUGGAUCUGGAUGUGGAUGACGUGGAGAUGGAGAACUAUGAGGCUCUCCUGAACCUAGCUGAGAGACUGGGAGAUGCCAAGCCCCGAGGCCUCACCAAAGCAGACAUAGAACAACUGCCGUCAUACCGCUUUAACCCUGACAGCCAUCAGUCUGAGCAGACUCUGUGUGUGGUGUGCUUCAGUGACUUUGAGGUGCGGCAGCUGCUCCGAGUCCUCCCCUGCAACCACGAGUUCCAUGCCAAGUGUGUUGACAAAUGGUUGAAGGCCAACCGGACCUGUCCCAUUUGCCGGGCGGAUGCCUCCGAGGUGCCCAGGGAGGCUGAGUGAGGCUCCACAGCCACCCACAAGAACCCUGCCCAAAGCUCCGGAAACGGGUGGGGGGAAGCAGGGAGUGGCCCAGGGAGAACUGUAAGGGAGGGGCCAGGCCUGUCAGCAUUCCCACCUGCAACUCCAGAGCUGGUGCCAGGGUCAGCCCUGGAGAAGCCCCUGCAAUAAGCCCCUGCAUUUGCCAAGCUCCAAAGACUCCUUCCCCAAUCUGCCUGCCUGCCUGCCUGCCCGCCAAGGAGCUGCCUGAGUGUUCC